ACCGGGUACAGGUAGUACGUUGGAUGUUACGCAAGUGACUGUGGCGGUGGCUUUUGCCAAGAUCGGCCAAGGUUCAGGAGCAUGAAAUUACAUCAGUGCACAGUGUACCAGUCCGCAUUUCUCCCCUCCCCCAGAAAACACAGCUUUGAGCCUCGAGGAGCUCAUCGUAUCAUCGUAAUUAUCUUACAGUUGCCUGCCUAGCGCAAGCCUAGGUAUACAUUAGGUCUACUUGGCCCCCUUAAAAUCGGAAAUCUACGAUCGCGAUUCUUUCGAUACACCUUUCUCCUAGUCCAACCAACAAAUAAUAACCCUCACUAUUCUCUAAAGAUCAGCUCUGUUAGCCAUGAACGUUAUCAAGCUUCAGAGGAAAUUUCCUCAAUUCGAACAAGGCGAUAUCUUCGGUCUUUCCGAUGCUUUCCGCAAGCUCGAUGUUGAGGAUAAAGGCUACAUUGACGAGGCUACCGCCAUUAAGGCUACUCAGCAAAGCGAGCGACAGCCCUACGAUGUCGUCAGACAGGCCCUAAGAGAAGUCGAACUCGAUGCUUCCCGAAGAGUCGAACUCGAAGACUAUAUUGGCUUGAUCGCUAAACUCCGUGAAUCCUCACCCGCGCAACGGCGUAUGAACACUGGAGGUGCGGCGCCAGUUGCUCCGGCUGGCAUUGUAGCUCAAAGGACAGGCGGACAAGGGCACGCCUCCAAAGGAAGCAUCGGCAAAAUUCACGUUCAAGGUUCCAGUGCCAAUAUUACUCAUACCAUCAACGAAGAUGAGCGAACCGAGUUUACCCGCCAUAUCAAUGCGGUCUUAGCCGGUGACCCUGAUAUAGGGAGCCGACUGCCUUUUCCGACCGACACCUUCGAGAUGUUCGACGAGUGCAAAGACGGUUUGGUGCUAGCUAAACUUAUCAAUGACAGUGUUCCCGAUACCAUCGAUGAACGUGUACUGAACGUCCCCGGAAAGAAGGUCAAAAAGUUGAAUACGUUCCAAAUGACGGAGAAUAACAAUAUUGUUAUCGAAUCCGCAAAAGGUAUAGGUUGCUCGGUCGUCAACAUUGGUAGCGGUGAUAUCAUCGAAGUCCGAGAACAUCUCAUUCUGGGUCUGAUCUGGCAGAUUAUCCGGAGAGGUCUUCUAGGCAAGAUCGACAUCAAACUUCACCCCGAGCUUUACCGAUUGCUCGAAGAAGACGAGACGCUAGAGCAAUUUCUACGUUUACCCCCCGAGCAAAUCCUCUUGCGAUGGUUUAACUACCACCUUAACGCGGCUGGCUGGCAUCGUCGAGUCAGCAAUUUCUCCAGUGACGUUAAGGAUGGAGAGAACUAUGCGGUUCUUCUUGCGCAAAUUGGGAAGGAUUAUGGUUGCAGCAGAGCCCCUCUUCAAACGCGCGAUUUGUUACAACGAGCAGAGGAGGUGUUGGUCGACGCUGACAAGCUUGGCUGCCGAAAGUUCCUGACCCCAAGCUCCCUCGUAGCAGGAAACCCCAAGCUAAACCUAGCUUUUGUUGCCAAUCUGUUUAACACUCAUCCGGCCUUAGACCCGAUCACCGAGGAAGAAAAGCAGGAAGUAGAAGACUUCGAUGCCGAAGGGGAACGAGAAGCGAGAGUAUUCACAUUAUGGUUGAACAGUCUGGACGUACAACCAGCCGUAGUCUCUUUCUUCGACGAUCUCUGCGAUGGUACUGUUCUACUUCAAGCAUACGACAAGGUUAUAAAGGGCUCGGUGAACUGGAGACACGUGAACAAGAGACCAGCAAGCGGUAGCGAGUUGAUGAGAUUCAAAGCCGUCGAGAACACCAAUUACGCUGUUGAACUUGGCAAGCAGAAUGGAUUCUCGCUGGUAGGUAUUCAGGGAGCAGAUAUCACAGAUGGGAACAAGAUGCUCACGUUGGGUCUGGUCUGGCAGCUCAUGCGAAAGGAUAUUACUCUCACACUUUCGGCUCUGGCACAGCGUCUUGGAAAACGGGAGAUAACUGAUGCAGAGAUGGUAAGAUGGGCUAACGACAUGUCCCGAAAAGGAGGACGGAAUUCAUCAGUUCGGUCUUUCAAAGACCCCGCUAUUGCCAGUGGUGUUUUCUUCCUGGAUGUUCUGAACGGUAUGAAGAGCAAUUAUGUCGACUACGAUCUUGUCACACCUGGGCGAACCGACGAAGAAGCAUAUUUGAACGCAAAGCUCAGCAUCAGCAUUGCCAGAAAGAUGGGCGCAACGAUCUGGUUAGUGCCCGAAGAUAUCUGCCAGGUCCGUAGCAGACUGGUUACCACUUUUAUCGGUUCGCUUAUGGCAACUCAUGAGAAGAUGCAGUAGUAGAUUGAGGCUUUGUAUUCUCUUGCGCGAAGGAAGAGAGUAAAUAAAAGGCCUAGAUUACUUCGGAUCCAAAAGGUUGGGGGGUUUAUUUGACCAUGAUAUAUGUGUUAGCUUAGUGGGUGUGACGGCUUGUUUUUUUAGCCUUGCCAAAAUUCCGAAUGCAGAUUUUAUUUAAACAAUUUUUUUUUAACAUUUUCUAUAAAUGAGAAGAGUGAAUAACCUAAUAUCGUAGCUACUUACCUAAAGGUAUGAGCGAUUUUAACCCGUAUUCGGGUUUGCAUCUCAGCUCGGAAGGAAGGGUGUACUACCUAAGAUAAUAGGUCAUUUAUGUACCCGUUUGUAGUGAGGGGGGUUGCACAUUCUUACGUUAGAUUAAUUUACCUAAUAGUUGCUAAGGUAAGGAGGUAGGUAACGAAAUAGCGUGUAUGCAGUGUAACAGCGUAAC